AUAUAUUGUAUUUAUAUAUAUUGUAGAUAGAUAAAUGACUUGACAUUUUUUAUCCUACAUUUUUAUAAGGCUAUAAAAUGUGAACGUAAAUAAUGUUUUGAGAGUACGUAAGGAAACAUAACGCCACAGCUUCGACAGGAGCUAUGGCAUCAGGUUCUAACACAUUGCCAUAUGGGUUCCAGCCACCUUCAGAAAGUUAUGUAUUUGAUAAUCUUAUCGCCGACCUCUCUCAAGCAAUAUCAGAAAGGGAACUGGAAAAUCUCAAACAACGCUUUGAACAUGUGCAACAUGUACGGACUCCAAGAGAGAUGUUUGUCUCUCUGAGAAACAUGGGAUUCAUAAAUAACUACAACAUACUGUAUAUCCAACAAAUUGUUCGUGUUCUUGACAGAGAAGAUCUUGUGGAAAUAUUGCUUAAAUAUGCACAAAUGUUUGAGGAGGAUACAGUUCUGCAUUUUGUUCAGAAGACGACAAUAAUCAAUGACAGAUUUUCUCUAGUUCAGUUUCAUAUUAAAGGUAAAGGGAUUUCAGAGACUGGCCAGCUGGAAAAGUUUCGGAGUGAAGUAUCUAGGCUACUGCUUUGUCCUAUACAGGAAGUGAUCAUCAGUGGUAUACAAGCAACAAACAGCACUAUCUUAACACUCAUGAUCCCCACAUUGUAUGCUAACUUCCUGGCAAAACAAUUAGAAAAACAAAGUCAACGCAUCAUUAGCUCAUUUAUGCUACUAAACGUUGACUUAAUUAUUUCCGAUAACAAUGAGUUUCAGCUUCAAGUCAAAGGAGAGUUGUAUGAGGCUAGGAAAAGAAGUACCGAACAUAAACCAGUUCAAUCUAUAAAACAAGAAAGCAGAACACCUACACGAAGAAUGGAUACGGAACAAACAAAACACCCACAAACACUGAAGAAGAUUAAAAUUAUACAGGAAAAUAAAGAACAGAGAGCUCAAGAAGUCAUUCAAGAAGUAUGCUCUUCCCUUUAGUGAUGUUGGAAACUCUCGAUAAAAUAAAAUAUAACAACAACCAGAAAGAAAACAUUUAUAUUAUAAUUUUUGUAAAAAAAAGCAACUAAGAAUGAAGAAAAUAAUUUUUACUUUAAGUGGUUAGCAUUUAGGUCCGAUUUUAGUUCUUAAAAAUAAGAUGGUAUGAUUUAAUUCACUUUAUAAAAAAGUGAAUUUCUGAUGUCAAAACAAUAAAAGAAACCGUAGGGGGGGGGGGGCUUUAUACAUUCAUUUAUGCAUUAACAUUAUUUGUUGAUUACAUUACUAUGAAUAUAAAGAUGGUAUUAUGGUCAGGUGACUUAACUGUUUAUAUUGAUAAGGUGUUUGUUGUAUUAUACUUUAGGCAAUAAAUAGUUUCGUAGGUGGACUUAAAAAUCAUGUUAUAAGAAUAAUUCCAUUUCACAUUGUUUUCAGUUGUUUUAUAUCUGCAUAUUUUUCGGAAGUUUUUUUAUAUAUAACGUAAAAACCUAUGUUUAACAUUAAUUUCAGUAAAACAUUUAUAACUUUAAACAUUACAUUGCUUUCUGUUUUUUUGGAACAAAAACGGUCAUGCUCAUAUUGUAACAUUGCUAUUACUCGACAAACGAUUUGAAACGAUUAUUGUUUUUCUUUUCUUGUAAAACAAUGUUGUUAGUUAAAUUCCUCACAUCAAACUGUAAUGCAUGUACACGACAUAUGUGGCAAUAAAUAGACAAUGGUAUAUUUUAUUAUAAGCAGAGCUAUAUAAAAAUGUACAUUUUAAUGUUAUUAUUGUGAAACUGUUUACAUUGGUGUUAAUAAUCAAGACAACAUGGUUAUUCAAUUGCUUAACAUGAUAAAAUGAUGGAACAACAUUUUUGAUAAGCAAACAGAAUAAUGAUCCUAGUCUUGAUUUACAUUUUUUAAUAUUUGCUAUAUCAUUCUGUGUCCUGUAUUUUUAUUGAACGAAUUAUUUGACUUACUUUUAGUACCUACUUCGAAAUAAAGCACAAAUCUGCAUUUUUUUGUGUUGCUUGAAAAUUUACUUGCUACUAACCUAAUCUACUUUCAAACAAUGAAAUUAAAUUUGUUGAAAUACAAUCUUUUUAUAUUAAUACGAUAUAAAAUGUUGAUACCUUAAUCUUUACAUCGUUAGUGGGAGUGUUAUUAUUGCUUUAGAAUCCCUUAUUAUUCAAAAACGAAGUCAAACAUGAUUUCUUAAAAUAGUAAGUAUUUUCAAUUGUCAAACUGUAAUGAACAUUACUUGAUACACACAUAAAGACCUGUUUCUGGUUGCUAUGUUAUGAAUUUAUUAAUUUAAGAGCAGUACAACUUAUAAUGUGUCGCUUAAUAUUCGUAAUAAACUCUGCUUUAAAUAUAUAUACCAAUAAAGAAUGAAUUCCAAAUGAUGACUUUUGUAUUUGAAUAUAUCAGCUUAAUGUUAUUUAUAAUAAGUAAUAAUAAUGUUAAUUUCAGUUAUUAAGGUCAAAGAAAAUUAAUCUGACAUUUCUUAUCAUGAACCGUUGAAUAGCAAAGUGUAAAGUGUUUAAGUACAUGUAGCUUAACUUUACUUCAGUUCUUCCGACUUUAAAAUCGACAGUAUGGUCUACAACAAAACGAUUUCAACACAUCUUGCAUGCAGUAAGAUUUUCCAUUUCGAUAGUAUUCCAAUUAUUUUUUGUACAUGGCAUUAUAUCUACUUAUGACACAGGUAUACGAGGAUUGAUCAAAUGGUUCUUGGCCCAAUGUACUUCUGGUAGCCAGAGAACCUAAUUAAUGGCUUCACUUUUCAAUAUAAUCGCCCUCUACAUCAAUGCACUUUGCCAACUGUGCUCCAACUUAUUUAACCUUUCAAAAAAGAGCUCUCCAUUGUGGUCCUCAAAUUACCCAUUGCUUAAGAUAGUCAAUCAUGGUUAUCCCCUGACUGUCCCAAAACAUUGAAAAAAGAAAAGAAAAACAGAAUCCCUAAAGCCCAACACGGCAAAAUUCAAAAUGUUGCAGGCUCGGUUUGAUUGAGCCUCUUCAUGGACCGUACUGGAAAAUGCAAGUUACCGUCCACGCCCCCUAUCACUAGAAGCCAUCAUCUUACGUGCUGAUGGCACCCUCUUGAAUUUCUUUGGAGAGGGUUUGCCAGGGUGCUUUCACUGCAAGCUCUGGGAUUUUUUGGAUUCUGGAUCGAAGUGAUGGACCCAUGUUUUAUCCUGAGAUACGAUCCGGUAGAUAAAGUCAGGUUCAUCCUCGUAGCGAGACAAAACGUUUCUUGAAAAGGCAAGCCUGGUCUUUUUCCGGUUGUAAAAAUAGAGAAAAUAAGAAUUCCUAAAGAAAGCCCAACACGGCAAAAUUGAAAAUGUUGCAGGCUCGGUUUGAUUGAGCCUGUUCAUGGACGGUACUGUUAGGUGCAAACUACCGUCCACGCCCCCUAGCACCGGCUUAAGCAGAAUUUAACAUUUAACAUGAACUGGUAAUAGAAAGAAUAGAAAGAACUAAAUUACCACAAACAUAGCAAUAAUGUGCUGAACGAUCUUGAAGGAUCGGAAAUAUAACAUCUCUGAUAGAAUAUACGGGGCGACCUUUUACAGCCUCCACACGGCACACACAACGCUGAUGUGGAGAUAAAAUAGAGAAAAUAAGAAUCAUUAAAGAAAGCCCAACACUUCAGUCAACUGUCUGGGAACCCAUCUAGCGGAAACUUUUGACAUGCAUAGACAUCAGUCAGAAUUGCCUGAACUGAAAUAAAGCUUAUAUCAAUUUUCCUAGCAAUGCUUCGCAGGUCUUGCCUUCUGUCGCACAUCACCAGAUCGUUCACAUCUUUGGCAGUUUCAUCGUUGGUGGCCUCUUUUGGCUAACCAGGCCGUUCAUCAUCUCGAAUGCUCUCCCUGUCCCUCUUAAAUUAAGCAGCCCAUUUUUUCACAGUGCUAUAGCAAGGGGACUCCCUUCCCAAGUGUAUCCAUGAUGUCUUUAUGGAUUUCCUUGGGGGACAUCCCUUUCUUACAGAUGUACUAAAUAAUGGCUCUGAUGUCAACUUUCUUCAUUUGGUGUAAAUGACACAUCCCUCUACUGAACAAAGUGUGUUUAAUGUUUCUUAACCUUUGUAAAACCGAGUGUUACCCGGUCAGUAAUACCGCCACCGUGGUCGAGGGGUUGAGUCGAUGACUUCUAAUCCAGUUACCUCUCUGGCGUGGGUUCGAUCCCCGGGAGAUGAUUUGGUAGUUUAGCACGGAGGAAGGUAGUCUAGUACUGGUAUAACUCUCCAGGAACGAUGUUUAGGAAACUACCCGCCUAUAUAACUGAAAUACUGUUGGGAAAAGGCGUAAAAUGAAACAAACAAGCACACAAACGGUCAGUAAUCUUCAAUAAGAUAUCGGUAUCGACGUAUCGUGUGUAAAUGUCAAUGUAGUGGCUAGAAGUAUAUCGGGCCGAGAACUUUUUGAUCAUACCUCGUACUCAUUGAGGUGAGGAAAAUUAAGCGACGAUAGGACAAAUUGUUCAAUGAUUGUAUUUCGAACAUGACAUGCAUUUUACGAAAUAAUUUCCUUGUGGUAAGAAUUAUUGAGAUGACUUUUGUAAAUAUGUUUUUGAUAUUAAAUUGACCUACUUGUCAUAUUUAGUUGCAUUAUGUAACUUUGUUAUAUUCACGACCACUGUGCAAAAUAAACGAUGUUUGAAGCUUAUUUGUUUUUUUUUCUUCCC